AUUAUAUUCAAUUAGGAUAAAAACUAUAAUUUGGACAAUUUUGAUACUAUAAAAACAGUUUCAAGUCGACCUCCUAGUUAUGGCCAAGAGGAGAGACUGUUGAGCCUGUGGAUCCAGAAAGAUUCCCUUUGAAGAAGUUUCCUCUCAAUGUCCCCUCCCCUGCAUGACAUCUUGACCAAUUCUGUUCCAAUGUAUGUCAGAGAACUAAUAGGAUGUCUAGCUUGUACAAAAUGAACAGCAACCAGAUUUUUUUUUGGUCUCCUGUCCGUAUAUUGCCGCGGUGCUCUCUGAUCCGGGUCUUAAGGCUUCAACUGGUUUUCCCUAUGUAAGACAAGGACAUUUCAACAUGUAAAUAACAUUGGUGGACAUGCAGGCAAUCAGGCCUUUGAUCUUAAAUCUUUAUCCUGUGUGGGGGUGGGUAAAUUGGUUACAUUUGUAUGUGAAGCUGCAUUGAGCACAUUGGCUACAUUUGUAAUUAGCCUUUGGAACCUUGUCCAAGAAAGUAUCCUUUUUCUCUGGUGGAUAAACAGAUUUCACCACAAUGGCUCUCACAUUUGGGGGUCUUUUAAAGACCAUACGUGGGGGAUAUUUAAAGAUGGGUUUCAAUUGUGGGUCAGUAUCAAUAAUGUAUCAGUGCUUCCUGAUUUAAUGUCCUUGAAUGCCUUCCCCAACGGUGAAUAUUGGGUGAAGCAUGAGGGGACAUGUUCAGAUUUUUCUUAAACUUUUGGUUUGAAUGCUUUCCGACUGUGUUAGUCCUUCAAAAACGAUCAUUGGCAUGUUUUACCCAAUUGUCUUUGUACCCCCUUUCCUAAAAGCGUUGUGUGGCCCCUGGUCUAUUUCUGCUAAGAAGCAUCAGAGCUGCAUAUUCUUCUGAUGCGGCUGAAUUGACUUAUAGGGAGACUUUUAAUAAGUGGACGUGGAUGAAAGCUGUCACCUCUGAGGGUGUUCCUGUCUGUAGGUUUCCUAUAGAGAUCUGUAGAGAGGGAGGUUUUGUCCUUAACCAUCACAUCAAGAACUGAUUUGUGAUAGUUCAUUGUUAAUGGUGAAACGAAGGUGUUCAUUCAUAGAGUUUAGAUAGGCAUGGAAUUCCAAGAGUUCUUCCUGGGUCCCUGUAUAGAUCCAGAAAAUAUCUCAGAAUUAGGAGAAUAAUGGAGAGAAAAUGGUUAAGGUCUGGAUCAGCACCACCAGUUUAUCAAACGUUCCUAGAUAUACGGUGCCUUCGGAAAGUAUUCAGACCACUUGACCUUGCACACAUUUUGUUACGUUACAGCCUUAUUCUAAAAUGAAAUCAUUUUUUCCUCAUCAAUCUACACACAAUACCCCAUCCGUUUCGUGCCUAUUGAACACGACCCAGACCAAGGCUCUACACAAGCUGUCCAAUCAGUACCUGAAGAGGGAAUGGCCAGCCAGCCUACCAGAGGAGCCCACAGACCACAGGAACAUGUACACGGUUUGGAAGGCCUACUUGGAGGGCACAGUGCAGGUGACCCAGUCCAGGAUCACGGCCUGUGAGAACUACAGGAACCAGGUUUCGGACCCGGCCAAGACUGCCAGGCUGCAGAAGGAGCAUCAGCUCAGGAAGUGUAUUGACCAGCUGACGCUGGUGCAGGCAGAGCUGCAGGACUCGGUGAAGGAGCUGGCCAAGACCAGGAAGAAGUACCAGGAGACUGAGACCAUGGCCCAGGCUGUCAGAGACAAGGCUGAGCAGGAUGCCAAGUCCAAACUGAGUAUGUUCCAGUCCAGGUCCAGUCUGCAGCGGGCCAGUAUAAAGCUAAAAGCCAAAAGGAGUGAGUGUAACUCCAAAGCCACCCACGCCAGGAACGACUAUCUGCUCACGCUAGCAGCGGCUAAUGCUCACCAGCAGCGUUACUACAACACGGACCUGAUCGACUGCAUCAAGGUUCUGGAUGGGGGCAUCUAUGAGCAGGUGAAGGACUACCUGGUCUCUCUGAGCCAGAUGGAGCUGGAGGCCUACCAGGCUGUCCACGACACCUUCAAUGUCGUCCUGGAGAGCUCCAACGCGGUGACGCAGGACUUCCAGCAGCUGCAGUUUGUACAGCAGAACCCAGUGUUCCACAGCGCCCCAGCCAUCCUCUUCCAACCCAGCGACACUGACAAGGUGGGGCAGCUGCAUAAGCAGAGUGGCACAGCGGAGGAGCACAAUCUGGAUAAGGAGGCACGGAAGUGGGCAACCCGAGUGGCACGAGAACACAAGAGCAUCAUCCACAGCCAGCGGGCCCUGGAGGACUAUAGGACACAGCAGGGGCCGUCGGAGCAGAACUGCAGUGAGCUGGAGCUCAAAAUGGAGGCGGCCAGGGAGAACCUGCGGAGAGCUGAGACGGUGAAGCUGAAGGCGGAGGCUCGCCUGGCCCUGCUGAGAGAGGCAAGCAUCACUGUGGAGACGUGGCUGAAGAGCGCCAUGAACCAGGUGAUGGAGGAGCUGGAGAACGAGCGGUGGGCUAACCUGAACACCCAUGACCCUUCACUCUCCGGUACAGCUGACCUGGAGAGAGAGGAGGAGGAUGAGGAGCUGGAGGAUAGUGGAGAGGUGUUGGACGACAGCAGCUCUAUCCCCUCCUGUACUCUCAGGAACUACCCCCUCACCUGCAAAGUGCUGUACUCAUACAAGGCGUCUCAGCCAGACGAGCUGACCAUCGAGGAACAGGAAGUGCUGGAGGUUAUUGAUGAUGGGGACAUGGAGGACUGGGUCAAGGCCAGGAACCAGACGGGCCAGGUGGGUUACGUCCCGGAGAAGUACCUGCAGCUGCCCUCGUCCAACAGCCUACUGAGCAUGCUCCAGGCUCUGGCUGCCCUGGACGCCCGAUCCCACUCCUCCAGCAACUCCACCGAGCCCGAGCUGCUCGAGUCAGAGCUGCCCACGCCGGGCACGCCCAGCGUCAACGGCGACUCCAGCAGUGUGUGCUUUGCCAAGGCCCUGUACGACUAUGCGGGCCAGACAGACGAGGAGCUCUCAUUCCCUGAGGGCGCCAUUAUCCGCGUGCUGAGCCGUGAAACCCACGAGGACGAUGGCUUCUGGGAGGGCGAGUUUAACGGCGCCAUUGGCGUCUUCCCAGCCGUGCUGGUGGAGGACCUGCUGGCGGAGGGCGGCGCCAGUGCAGACAGCGAGAAUGGCGACAGCCUUGGAGAGGCCAGCAGCAGCACGCCGGUGUCACCCUCUCCUCUUUCUGAGCGCUCCCCACGGAGCCCCUUUCAGCUGGGCCCGUUCCACAGCAGCCCCCUCCAGACCCCCACUCUGCCCUCGCCCAAGUCCAGCCCCUCCAGUGCCAGCGCCUCCCCCAUACCUCGCCCACCAUCCUACAUCAACGGUCACCAUAGGCCACCGCCUGCACCACUCAAAAGCCCCUUACAGAGUCCUUCCCAGAGCUCCACCCAGCCCCCCAGGUACUCAGCAGAUCGUGGUGCUGGAGGCACCAUUCGACCUGUCCGCGCUGCUCCACCACCCCCCAAGCCGCAGCAGCCUCGCGGCCAGGUGAAGAGAAGGGAGGAGGUGGAGAUCACUCUGGUGUAAUGGCGCCGCCCUGGUGGUGGUGGCUGCUGCCCACAACCACACCAGGUCAGAACGGACCUGGUGGAUCCAGGUGCCCCGACUGACUGACCCCCCCCCCCUCUUCCAGGGAGGGACAACAGGCUCUAUAGCCCCUAAACCAGCCUAUCCAGCUAAGGGGUAUCCCCACUCCCCACUGGAGAGACUCCAUGAGAUGAGGCCUGAGAUUUGGCUCGUCUCUGUCCACACAGUCGAAAGCCAGUAGGGCUGAAAUGGUGUUUGGUGCGGAGAUCCAAAACAAUUGUGCCUUUCUGACACGGUUUCCAACCCCACAUCCCUCUUUCUAUCCUCUCUCGUUCUUUAUUAUUUUUCUGUUACCCAUCGUUUUCCUUGGUCUAUCUCAUUUUCUCCCUCCUUUAUUUGUGCUGUAUCUCUCACAAUGUUUUCUCUCUCUCUCUACCUCCCCCUAUUUCUCUCUUUCUCUAUCUCACUCACCUUCAUAACUGGGCAUUGAGCUAUGGGGGGUAUUUUCAAGCAAAAUAUCACCAUUUGAUUACUAUGCAUCAAAGUUAUGCUAAUUUCGUGGGAGGAUUGUACAUCUGUCACAAAGUUUUAAACAGCUAAAGUCCAAGCCAAAUCUGUUUGGUUUUUGGUGGGUUGUGUUUUUGUUGUCAACACAUUUCAUGGAAUUUCACAACACGGCAGAGGCUGGUACCUUUCCUGUACCUGAAAUACCAACGUCUUCAAAAAAAGUGUUCUUAACGUUUCAUAAACAAGGGAAAAGUGGCAAUUUUGGAGGGAUGUAACUGAUAUAGAUAGAAAUUGCCCCAUUGAGAGCAAAAUCUGGGUCACACUAUGUGAAACCAGAACAGAACUGCCCCUGAAACUGUUGAUUAAUCCUACUCUAUAACAAAUGUCAAAUUUCUUUGUACAAUUUCUUUGUAUUAAAAGGUGGGACAUUUCAAAACAGCCUGGGGCUAUCUGUAGUGUAUCUAUGAGUAAAUGUAGACUAUCUUUGUGCUGUUUUCUGUUGAAAAAACAAAGAUCUAGCUAUGUUGUCAUCAAUACUAAUCCAGGCUUAAACUAGCCAAUAAUAAUGGUCGCUGGUGAGAAUAGUUCUUCAGUCAGGAAUGCAGAUGGGUCAUCGUUCAGGACGGACUGCAUCGCAAGGUGAUUCGCUGUCGUGGGGAUCGUCAUUGGUACUGUGAUGUGACCCUGGGUCGGACUUGCCUUCAAGUUCAGGGAGGAGAAUCACCUUAGUUCCUAGCUACCUACAGUAAAUGUGAACUGACUAAAAUACUGAAGCACUUUUUUGUAAUUCUUUUGUUAAUGCCCUUUUCAGUAUUAUUGGUUGGUCUCUUGUGAAUGCAGCAUUGUUUCUCCUUUAAUUGUUUUUGCUCCAACUAUAUUGAUAUGAGUAUUGUUCUACUUGGUUUUUUAAAAGGCAUUUGACUUAUUUAGUCUUAAAUAGCCAUUGUAGUGUCUUGUGUUGGAGGUAUGCUUUUUCAUAUAAUGUAUGUAAUAUUAGUUUACAGAGAGCUUGGGAGACAUCUGUGCAGCAACUUUAUGAGGAUAAAAACAUAUGGAAACUUAUUGAUAAAUGUUAGUUGUUGAUCAGAGAAAUGGGUAUCUGUCAGCCAUGUUUACUGUGUUUUCUUUGAUCUUAAGAUCUGAAUGUCAAACUUAUUUUUAAAGUUUACAUUUACUCUGUUUUAUUGAACAAUUACAUGUUGUGAAAUACACACUUUUCCACAAUUGUAAAGUUUAUUUAGUUAAUUCUGUUUCUGAUUUAUUUUCAGAUACAGUAGAAACAAGUGACCCGCUACGAGCGUUUCCCAAACUCAGUCCUGGGGACCCCAAGGUGUGCACGUUUUUUUUUUUUCUCCUUAGCACUACACAACUGGUUCAAAUAAUCAUAGCUUGAUGAUGAGCCCAUUGUUUGAAUAAGCUGUGUAGUGCUAGUGCAAAAAACAAAACGUGCACCCCUUGGGGUUCUCAGGACUGAGUUUAGAGAACGCUACGCUACUCUGAUGAAGUCUACAGCAACAGUAGAGAAACAAAAUUAUUUCAUUGAAUAUAUAAAAAAUAAAAUGGUGUGAAUAAAAUUAGCUGAAAUCUG